GUUUGCUGCACACUCCCAUCAUCUCCUUCCUUUUGCCCCCGCCCGACGGUUAAAGCCUCCCAACAACUCCAGCAUUGUCUGUUAUGACUCCAAGAACCCGUAGAGGAUCCAAGUUUCCAAGCCAGUACGAUGACCACAUAUUGGAUCCAUAUUUCAUGGACAAGGCAAUACAACGAUUCCCUACCCCCAGAAGUGCGAUCGAUGGUCUUCGUUUGAUUGAAAAACCUCAAAAAGGUCUCUUGUACACUCUUUCCUAUCCAGGUGGCGACGUAGAGACUUUCCUCGCAGUCGCCGCGUCGUUAGCAGAGUGUAUGAGGGGAAAUCGUCAAGAGCAGCAGGUGGCCGUCAUCUUGCUUCGAAACAACUGGAUCUCCCUCAUCGGCCCAUGGGUCAUGACUACCAUUGAAGAGUUGAUUCUCCCGGACCUCGAACCCGACGCCCCAGCCAUAUCCACUAUCCGCGAACAAGCCAUGUGGAUCCUCCCAUACCUGCUUUAUCCCCCCAAACUAUUCACCCGCAUCGAAUUCAGUAUUCGAGAGCUCAGGGAUCUGACCCCCGACCUUGCGUUGUUUCUAUCAAGAGUGUGGGUCAAUGUUAUUGAUCGACACCAUCGUACGUGGGGCCUUUGGACGAACCUCCUGGCAUCUCUCGCGCGUGGCGAUCUGGUCCAGGGCCCUGCCCACCUUACUACACACAAGGUCUUCGAAAGCUUACACCCUUUGGGCCAUAUCUUUCUUCGGCACUUAAAUUACGAAACACCCCACGUCCCGACGAUGGACGAUGAUCAAUUAAUAGAAUUCAAUAAUUUCCUUCUUCUCACUAAUUGCGACCAGUACGGCGGAAGGGGACCACUUAAUAUGGAAGGAGUUGAGAAAUACGCUCUUCCCGCUCUCGUUAGGGUCGUCUCCUGUCUCCUUUAUAAACGAAAGAUGUUACGGGAACAUGGGGUAGAUUCAGAACGCGAGGGCUCGAUAGUCAUGCUCGUUCUUGACAAUAUCUACAGGAUGAUGGACGGCUUCGUGCGGGUAUCAGAGGCACUCGAAGCGGGCAUCACGGUAGCACUUAUCCGAGCUUAUCCCCUCUAUUUUGAACUCGACCCACGUCCUCCCUGUCCUGAACUCGACCAGGAACGUCCUCCCCGCUUUGAAGAGCAGGCAUUGAAGAUACUGGAACGAAUUGCGAAGUACCUCGUCUUUCCUGUCGUGUUGCAUCAAUUCCUGCGUUUAUCCAAAAGGGUUAUGUGGUCGAAGGAAAUGGAAAAGCAGCUGCGCUCAAAGUCAAAAGCUUUGUGGACAGCUUGGAAACAGGCGCAAAACAAGGCGAUCAUACUUCGGGAUAUACGGCGUAGCUUGAUAGCAGACGGAUGUUUCUGGAAAUGUAGCAAUACUUCGUGUAAAUCAUCUUACGGGAAUUCUGGGGUAAAGUUCCUCCGCUGCAGCGGCUGCUUGGGAGUAGUCUAUUGCUCGCGGAAUUGCCAAGCGCUGCAUUGGAAUCAUGAUCAUCGAAAAAAAUGUGGGGAGACGUCCAGGCUUCGAGACUGUGAGGGUCUCUAUCUGUCUUCGAGAUUUCAGUCUCACCCAAGGCUUUAUAAGCUGGACUAUCAUAUCCCUCUACUAGCGAUCAACUGUUCGUUCAACGCCUCACCGACCAUUUCGUGGAUGAAAAUGAGACGGCAGUCACCCGUGGACUUGCAGAAUACCUCUGCUCUCUCCAUUCGUCCCACGUAACAGGGCGCGUUUCGGAUAUGCAACGUCUCAUUUUGAAGCGGAUCAAGAAUCCUAUAGCGAUUAUCGAUCUAGUCAAGGAAGGUCCUCCGCUCAUGGAAAAUCUCACCAUCGUUGAUCCCGAAGAGCUCGGUAAACAUUUGGAAAGACGUAUCGGUCCUCAGAAAAUCAAUCCUCUCAUUGAAUCUUGGAAAAGCCAGGCCCCAAAUAUUCAGAGAAUGUUUGUAGUUGCGCUUUUUCCCAUGAGAGGGGAUACUUCAGCUGGCGUUGGGUUUGAAUUCGAGUUUUCGGUUUCACUUAAAAAUGUUUAUAACCUGAUUGCGAUGAAUGGUCGCAAUGAGGUUCGAGUCCAUCCAGUCCCACGGCGGGCUUAGGGUGUUACUUUCUGUUGUGUCGGUAGGAUAGAGGGCCACACCCGGUAUGGGAUAGCUUCCACCGUUACUUGACGUCGACAACGGGUUUUGGGUAGAUCCUUUCAUCUGGCCAAUCGACAACGCUCUCUAGGAAAAUGAAAAGAGCCGAUAUUGCAGCGACCCGAGGUGAGAUGUGAGUCCGUCUCCCAUAGAAAUAAUUGUUCCUUCUGUUCAAAAAGUAUUGUAGUUAGGUUGAACUGCU